UAAACGAAAAAUCAAUACUGUAUAGUACGAAGUAAGUAAUUGCAGUUGACAUUAAAAUCACUUUAUUUGUAAAAAUGCCUUGUACAAUUUAUUUGGUAGUCCGUUUAGUCGUGUUGUGCUUAUAACCAUAAGGAACAAAGAUGUCAUUAAAAGCUUAUGAAGAUGCGUGUAUGCGAGCAGAAUUAUUCAAUCAACAAAAACCUGACAAGGAUGAGUUUUUAGAAAAACACAAAUAUUUGGAUGUGAAUGAAUUCGAGGAAGUUGACAUUAAGUCAACAGAGGAAACAGCCAUAUUAAACGAUGGACUUCAAGAAUCGGCUGCUUUAAGCGAAUUAGGGAAUAUUCUCAAUUCCACUCAUAGUAAAUUAAAUCGUCUCAAGGGGGUCUGUGGUACCGUGACAAAUUAUUUUCGAGUGAAAUUAGCAUCUAAAGAUUUAUCAUACUCCAGUGAUCCAAGCUACAUCGGUCAAACGAAUUAUGACAACGAUUUCGUUCCGUCGGCAAAUUCGGAAUAUGCAUCUGUCAACACCGACUUAGGAUCCAGAGACAAUGAAAUGACACCGAGGGCGGGAAAAAGACAAAAAGGUGGUGACAUUAAUUCCGCAAUUGAGGAUUUAAAACAAAUGGAAAAGGCGGAAAAUAGUUUUUCAUUGGGUGGGAUGUUGCGAUAAGUAAAUUAUAUUUAUUAGUUUUGUCGCUUUCUCUUGGCGAAGCUUAAAGCUUUAUACUCGUAGAUGGUCAAAAAUAUUAAAGCUUUGCAGUUGAUAAUUGUUAUAUGUGAGUAUAUUUCGAAGUGUUGUGUAAUUUAUACUAAUAAGUUUUUACUCGAUGUAGAGACAGAUCAGCAAUCG